AUGAAAAAUGAUGGCCCGUCGAAUAUUCCAGGUUACCAAGAUCGUAGUAAUUACAAUCGAAAAGAACUUGGUUUUGUUGAAGCUGUUCCAUCUAUUAUUGAUGAUGAAUUUUCUGAUUCCAGUGAAGAUGAUGUUCCGGAUAUGUUUUUAAUAAAGAGACGAAAAUCAGUAUCCUUAUCUCGUAGUAAAUCGUUUCCUUUUUCAGAUCAUAAAUAUGUAUUACAAGCUGAAACAGAUGUGGAUAAUGGAAUUGGAAAAAAGGAUGAUCUGAAACCUUGUCACAAUUCAGUGAAUUUUGAUGAGUUUUCUGAUUUUAGUGAUGAAUUCGAGAAUGAAAGUCUGUCCAAGACUAAUACACCGAAAGCAAACAUAGAGCAUCAAUUUUCGAGCACUGUUGAUGACGAAUUUUCAUCAUCCGAUGAAACUGCCUUUUCACCAACUAAUGAUACUGAUUUUCCGCUAUCCAGGAAAGAGCUGAUACAAUAUCAAUAA